AUGACAUCUCGCUCAUCUACACGCACCCCGUCUCCAACCUCUUCACCGACUAUCAACCCCGUAUCACCCUUAUCUCCCAUCUCUCCUUGGCCCCCUAUUCCUCCAAGCGACGACUCAGCCAGCCAAAAACCUCAAGAUGAUUUGCCGAAUUCUGUCGAUGUGUACUCCAGUAUAGCUAUACUAGGUACAUACCUUUUAUUCGCCUUGUAUCUCUUUUGGGCUUUCUCACCUGGAGACAGUAGCUGGACGAGCUGGUUGCCCGAUAGACAAUGGAGUAUCGUAGUCCCGUGCUGGCUCAUGAUGGUCGUACUACUUACAUACUGGUCUUAUGCUGCUCUGACGAUAUAUAGAACACCGGAUUGGAAUUCGAUAAACUGUAUAACAGAUCCAUAUGCAGGUAUACCACCGAUGGCAUUUAGCUAUCCAGCGACGGACGAAACGUCCAGUGAGGAUGGACAGAGGAAACCUUACUAUUGGGAUGCAGUAGGGGAUAAAGCGAGUUCUCAAGCUGUGGAUCUAUCUAUAGACUUGGUGAACAGAGUGUUAUAUCCACCUAGGAACAGGAGUGCCGCAUAA